CUUAAAAUGCUUGAUCUUAGAUUAUCUUACAUCAAAGUGACCCUUUUUCAGUUUUCACUAAACCUUGUUCUAGGACCUUCCUAAAACUCCUUCAUUGGCAAGCUUGCAUUCAGAAACAUCUCCCACAAGGAGAACCAAUAGGUCUCAAAACCUAUCGCCUUUUGUUCAAUUCACAGCAUAUGCUAAUUUCCCCUUGUUUGUGACGCGUACUGUCAAGAGGUUUUUCUCUUCUUCAUUCGGGUAAGGAGAGAGCAUGACAUCGAAAAGGGAAAGGGAAGUUGAUCAUAGAGUAAAUGAUCAAGGGCUUGAUAAUGAAUCGAAAAGGCAGAAGCUGGAUGAGGAUUCUUCUCCCUCUCCUCCUCCAGUCUCCAUUGCGAAUCCACUUUCUGGGUUAGCUAAUAAUUAUGCUGACAUCGAUGAGGAGGAAGAAUAUGUUCGAAGGGAAAGGGAUUCUGUUAAUGAGAGUAGGAAUGAUGGGUCCCAGCACAAUGGGCAUAGAUAUAGAGAAGCCGAUGAUAGUGAUGAAGAAGAUGAUUCACAUGAACAAUUAUUUAGUGGAAGAAACAGUCGCCAUGUUGAGGUUCGGAAGGACUGUCCUUAUCUUGAUACUGUUAAUAGACAGGUUUUGGAUUUUGACUUUGAAAAAUUCUGUUCUGUCUCCCUAUCGAAUUUGAAUGUGUAUGCAUGUUUGGUUUGCGGGAAGUAUUACCAAGGGAGAGGGAAGAAGUCUCAUGCAUAUACACAUAGUCUGGAAGCAGGGCACCAUGUUUAUAUCAAUCUCCGCACUGAAAAAGUCUACUGUCUUCCUGAUGGUUAUGAAAUUAAUGAUCCUUCAUUAGAUGACAUUCGGCAUGUCUUAAAUCCAAGAUUCACUGGAAAAGAAGUUGAACAACUUGACAAAAAUAAGCAGUGGUCUAGGGCACUUGAUGGUUCUAGUUACCUUCCUGGAAUGGUGGGACUUAAUAAUAUCAAGGAGACUGAUUUUGUGAAUGUAACGAUUCAAUCGUUAAUGAGAGUUACCCCCUUGAGGAAUUUUUUCCUCAUCCCUGAAAAUUAUCAACACUGUAAAUCUCCACUUGUUCAUCGAUUUGGUGAACUCACUAGGAAAAUAUGGCAUGCACGGAACUUUAAAGGACAGGUCAGCCCUCACGAGUUUCUACAAGCAGUGAUGAAAGCCAGCAAGAAAAGGUUUAGGAUAGGUGCACAAUCUGACCCAGUUGAGUUCAUGUCAUGGCUGCUUAAUACUCUACAUGCAGAUCUUAAGACAUCAAAAAAGAAUACCAGCAUAAUCUAUGAGUGUUUUCAGGGUGAACUUGAGGUUGUGAAAGAGAUUCCUAACAAAGGUACAAUUGAUAAGAAAGAAAACAACGAAGACCAAAACAAUGCCGAGAAACUUUUGGAUGGGGUAAAUGAGCGAUACGCAUUUGUCAAAGAAACUUCAAAAAUGCCAUUUCUAAUGUUGGGGUUGGACUUGCCACCACCUCCUCUUUUCAAGGAUGUGAUGGAAAAAAAUAUAAUACCACAGGUUCCACUCUUUAACAUUCUGAAGAAGUUUGAUGGUGAAACUAUCACAGAGGUGGUCCGUCCUCAUAUAGCAAGGAUGAAAUAUCGAGUUACCAGAUUGCCCAAGUAUAUGAUUCUUCACAUGCGGAGGUUUACUAAGAACAAUUUUUUUGUGGAAAAGAAUCCCACAUUAGUAAACUUUCCUGUGAAGAACCUGGAGUUGAAGGAUUACAUUCCCUUGCCAACACCAAAAGAAAAUGAGAAAUUGCGAUCUAAAUAUGAUUUAAUUGCUAAUGUUGUUCAUGAUGGCAAACCUGGUGAGGGUUUGUAUAGGGUAUUUGUACAACGCAAAUCAGAAGAACUAUGGUACGAGAUGCAGGAUUUGCAUGUCUCCGAAACGCUUCCUCAUUUGGUCGCACUAUCAGAAACUUAUAUGCAGAUUUAUGAACAGCAAGGCUGAGUUCGGAUCAUUUUCUUUGUGCACCUCAACCUGAUACACAUUGUGUGCUGAAUGGUUGACUAACACUUAGUUCAUCUGGGAAGCUCACAAACUGUAGUGACGAGCUUCGGUAGCAACUUCUCUCAAGGAGAACCCAUUGAUCGCAAACCCUAUCGUCUUCUAUUUCAAUUCACAGCAUAUGCUAAUUUUCCCUUGUUGACGCAUGGCAAAACUCUAUUGACGAGGGUUUUUUUUCUUCUCUAUUCGGGUAAGGAAUUUUAUAAACAUUAUUUUGUUUAGUUGCAUUUUGUUAUUGAGCUGAUUUUGUUUUGGACUAUAGUGUGGAUUACUAUCACUCGUAGUUAUUGUAAGACAGAUUCGUAGAGCCUGUGAGAAUGAUUUAUUUUGGAACACCAAACUUUUCUUCUUGUGGCUAUCAAGUGUUCGAAGUAUGCAUGAAAGAAAUUAAAAACUGAUUUAUUUGGUGAA